GGCGCGGUGCUGAUCGCCGCCAGCCACGAUGCGAGCCCAAAUCGAGGUGAUCCCCUGCAAGAUCUGUGGGGACAAGUCCUCGGGGAUCCACUACGGCGUCAUCACGUGCGAGGGCUGCAAGGGUUUCUUCCGGAGGAGCCAGCAGAACAACGCGAGUUACUCCUGCUCCCGGCAGCGCAACUGCCUCAUCGACCGCACCAACCGCAACCGCUGCCAGCACUGCCGCCUGCAGAAAUGCCUGGCCCUGGGAAUGUCGCGGGACGCGGUGAAAUUCGGCCGCAUGUCCAAGAAGCAGCGGGACAGCCUGUACGCCGAGGUGCAGAAGCACCAGCAGAGCCAGGAGCAGGGCGGCGGCGCCAAGGAUGAGCCGGAGCCGCUCGGCCGCGUCUACAGCACCAGCGUGAGCAGCGGCCUCUCCGACCUCGACGACAUCUCCACGCUGUCCGACGGGCUCCUCUUCGACUUCCCCCUCACGCCGGACGGCGGCGGCGCCUACUACAACCUGGACCUGCUGGCGUCGGCGCAGCCCUCGCCCGACCCGUCCAGCCUGGACGUGGCCGAGGCCGCGCUCAUCAAGCAGGAGUCCCUCUACGAGCUGAUGCUGGAGCCGGCGCUGCUGGCGCACGGCGCACUCGAGGGCGGCCCGCUGGCCGCCGACAUCUCCGUCCUCGAGAUCGACCGGAUCGCCCAGAACGUGGUCAAGUCGCACCUGGAGACGUGCCAGUACACGACGGAGGAGCUCAAGCGGCUGGCGUGGACGCUCUACAGCCCGGAGGAGAUCCGGGUCCUGCAGAGCAAGAGCUGCGAGGCCAUGUGGCAGCAGUGCGCGCUGCAGAUCUCCAACGCYAUCCAGUACGUGGUGGAGUUCGCCAAGCGCAUCGACGGCUUCAUGGAGCUCUGCCAGAACGACCAGAUCAUCCUCCUCAAGGCCGGCUGCCUCGAGGUGCUGCUCAUCCGCAUGGCGCGCGCCUUCAACCCGCUCAACAACACGGUGCUCUUCGAGGGCAAGCACGGCGGCGGGCAGCUCUUCAAGGCGCUCGGCUGCGACGACCUCAUCAGCGCCGUCUUCGAGCUGGGGAGGAACCUGUGCCGGCUGCAGCUGUCGGACGAGGAGAUCGCCCUGUUCACAGCCGCCGUCCUGCUGUCGCCCGAUCGCCCUUGGCUGACGGAGUCUAAGAAGGUGCAGAAGCUCCAGGACAAGAUCUACAUAGCCCUGCAGCACGAGAUCCAGAAGAAACACUCUGCCGAGGACAAGCUCUCCAAGAUGGUUUCCAAGCUGCCCUUGAUGAAGACCAUUUGUAAUCUGCACUUGGACAAGUUGGAGUUUUUCCGGCUCCUGCAUCCGGAGACCGCUAUGAACUUCCCUCCCCUCUACAAGGAGGUCUUCAACUCGGAGCUGCAGUACAGCGACCCACGGGAGAGCUAAGGCUGGGGCGGCCCGCGCCCUCCCUCUGCGCUCCCAAAGCUUGGAGAUGAACUAAACUUCAGAGGUUUGGGACAACUUAUUUAAAUCAAAUAAUCAAACCCAAGAGACCCUGCAGGGCCGGGCUAGCUCCCAGGCCCCGUUUCCUCGCUGUGGAUUGCAAUAGCUCUUGAAUGUAAAGCACCUUGAAGGAAAAGCAACCUGACUUUGCCAUACCAGUGAAAUGAAUGUGAAAUCUCCGCGUGGGAGAGGAGAUGCUCCUGUAAGUAGCAAGGCACCGACACCUCCCCGAAGAGCACGGCCCUUCCCCAGGGCCCGGCUCGCGCURCCCAGCUCCCGUCUUUAUUUUGACUGCCCAAGGCAGAAGCAGGGGGUGAAGGAAGGGCAAUGUGCCCUGCUCCGGAUGGGCACAGUCCGCUCCUGCCUGGAAGUUCUGCUUUAUUCCUCGCCGCUCGGCACAGCUGAAGAUGCCAAGGAGGUGGAUCUGGCACUGGAUCUCCUU